UCUCUGCCAGAUGGCGGCACCUACCGGCUUAGCUUUUGGCAGCGAGAAAGUGCAGCUUUUGGAGCAGCUCAGUAUGUGCUACUAAUAUUUCCUUACUUAAUUUCUACGGUUGCUUUUAUAAAAUCCUGGUAGCUUCACUUUAGUUCUUUCUGCGGCCAAAUGAAGGUAUGUCUUCGAGGACGAAGCCGAGGAAUGCAGCCAAUUCAGUCGAUUCCGCCACCCUGUCCAUGAAUGAGAGGAUUCUCAGGGACUGCCAUGCUCUCUAUGUUGACCCUGAAAAUGGCCUGGUGAAGAUCGCCGAGUCUCUCGAUCUGCACCUGCUGCCACCGCGGAAGAAGAUCGUCGUGCUGCUCAUCGGGAACCACUCUGCGGGCAAGAGCUCCUUCAUCAAUUGGUACAUCGAGGAACAUGUCCAGAAGACUGGAGUGGCGAUCGAGACGCAGGGAUUUGCUCUCGUCACCAGCGGGAAGAAGCGAGAAUCUCUUACGGGCAAUGCAACCCUGCACUUGUACCCCCAUUUUAAGCCGCUGCAGAAAAUCAAAGGCGUGGUGGACUACCUGACGACGGAGAUCUCUACAUCACGGCAGAAGAAGUUCAGCCUGGUGACCUUCAUCGACACCCCUGGCCUCGUGGACGGGGACAUGAAGUACCCGUACGACGUCAACGAAACCCUCCUCUGGCUGGGCCAGAUGGCAGAUCUCAUCUUUGUGUUCUUCGACCCUAUUGGUCAAGCACUGUGCAAGCGCACUCUCAACCUGGUGGAGGCGCUCAACGCCAAGUUCGUGGACAAGAUGCGUUUCUACCUGAGCAAGGCCGACGAGGCGGGACACGAGGCUGACAGGCAGAAAGUGAUGAUGCAGAUUGUCCAAGAGCUGUGCAAGAGGCCCGGACUGAAUCGUUGCGGCUUCGACAUGCCCACCAUCUACAUUCCGAAUGCAAGCAAGGCUGUACGCUGCAUGAACCAGAUCGAGGAGGUGUGCAAAGACAUUGAGAAGACAAUUAGCCAGACGGUGCAGAACACUCUCAACACACUGGAACAUGACUGUGAACUACUUGCCAAUGAAGCGCAGCAGAGGAUUAGUGCCGACAACCAGAGCCGCUCGGAGAACUUCAGCACGGGCGGGCGGGGUCUGUGCCUUGGCCUCUUCGGCCUGGUGGUGCCGCUGCUGCUGAUGCUGAACCUGGCCCUGAGGAGCACCUCGGAGGCACGCCUCUACUCCCUGCUGGGAGCCAACACCGCCGACCUCCUGCUUCUCUUCACCCUUCCCCUCGAACUGGUGUCUGGUAUCCUGCCAGAGUCCAUUCGAUUUGCCUUUGUCCUCGUGCUGUUCUCCAUCUCUGCCGUCUUCCUGCUUAUAGCCAAGUUGCACUCGAGGUUCAAGCCAACGCUGACGAAAAAGCAAAAACGCGCUCUCCAAGAGACGCACAGCUACCUUAUCAAUUUUGUCAAGCCAAAAAAGCAGCGACUGUACCAAGAAUACCUGAGGCAAAGCGUUGCGGACUACGACUUGUGACCCUACCCCAGCCUAAGCAGCUUCCCCUACCUUCCCAGUUAUGCUGGAGGCUUUUUUAGCGCUAAAUGCCAAGCUGAAUUUGUUUUAAAUAAAUUGAGCAAGCACA